GAGAUCAUUGCUAAAGCAAACCAUCUCUACAAAGCCUUGUGGAUAUACAACUUCCUGCUGACUAAGCACGGUGGAAACCUCAAACAGCUCAUCGGUGAGAUGUUCUGCAUUGCUGACAACUUGGAUAAGACUUCAAAGGGGACAAAGAUUGCUGGCAUCACCGGAGGAGCCACGGCAGUAGCCGGAGGGGUGGCCGCAGCCGCCGGGGUGAUUCUGUCUCCGUUUACACUGGGAGCCUCCCUGGCCCUCACCGCGGUGGGAGUGGGCGUGGCUGCAGCCGGGGGGGUCACUGGUGCUUCAGCAGCCAUCGCACACAAGGCAACUUUAACAAAUGACAAGAAGAAAAUUGACAAGACCUUAAAAGACUUCAGUUCCAACUAUGAGGAGAUUCUGGGCUGCUUGAAGUUUGUCAACAAGGGCAUAGAGGAGCUGAGGGGGCAUGGUCUGUCUAACCUGACAAAUCUUACGCUGGAGUCAACGAAAGCAGCAAAGGCAGUGAAGGUGGCCACAGAAAAUGCAAGUUCCAUGGCUGCAGAUAUCAGCAUCAAUGCACUGGGAGUGAUGUCAGGGUUUGCAAUCGGCAUGGAUAUGUAUUUCCAACAAGGUAAAGAUGGGCCAAAGGUAAAGAAAGGUCUUGAGUCGAAGCUUGCAAUGAAAAUCCGUGCACUAGCCGAAGAACUUGACAAAGGGUUAAACCAGUUGGUGUCAAUCAGAGGACUCAUCGCUUUAACC